CCACGUCAUCCUCAAAGCCUACUGAAAUGAAACCCACUGAAGUCUUGAACCCUUUGCCUACGAAGAAACGCUCGCCUUUUUCCUCUUUACAUUUAAAAAAUGGCACGCCUAAUUCGUUCUCUAAGAAGAACCCUUUUCUUCCCUUCUAAAACCCUGUUUCCCCAUCUUCAACAAUUGCGCCAAAACCCCAUUUCACUUCCUGACAAAUUGGGAUUAACCCAAACAAGUGUAACCAGAAAUUACAUAUCAGAAAUGCGCAAAUCCGCCUUUCAAGAUAACAUCCUCAGGCUCCUUCGUAACGAGAUCCAAUACGAGCUGGAACGUGGCCCUCCUAAAGAACCCGUUACCAAGUUCAAUUCCUUUACAAUUGAUGACCAGCCAGGGGAGCAAUGGAUUACGUUAAAAAGGAAGUUUGCAAGGAAUGAGGAGAUUAAGGUAGAAGCAACCAUGUUUGAUGGAAGCGUUCCAAGUCCAAUAUCUGGUGAUAUCACCAAGGACAAUGUGCAGCUUCACAUUACUUUGAUUGUUAAUAUCUCUAAGAGUAAUGGCGAUGUUUUAGAGAUUAUGUGCUCAGCUUGGCCAGAUUCCAUUGAAAUUACAAAGCUUUUCACGCGCACAAGUGAGAAGAUGCCAGCUCAAGCUUAUGUUGGUCCUGAUUUCAAGGAAUUGGAUGAUGAACUGCAAGAUUCACUCUACGAAUUCUUGGACGCAAGGGGUAUAAAUGAUGAAAUGUCAGCUUUCUUGCACGAAUACAUGAAGAACAAAGAUAGAACUGAGUACAUUAAGUGGAUGGGUAUUGUCAAAUCUUACAUUGAGAAGAAGUAAAGAUUAUUUUCUUAUUAUGAUCCAUUAACCCGUGUAUUGGUUAAUGGAACUUUAAACAAGGAUGUCAAUUUGGCUACCUAUACAAAAUCUCACUAGAAUUUGAAGAGGGGAUCUCCAUGGUGGGAAGAAUUGAAGGGCUUCUGAGUUUAAAAGUUGUUUGGAAUUUGGAUCAUUCAGUUUUAUGCCAUUCUCUAUUUAUCUGGGUUCAAACAAUGAUUGAAUGUUGGAUUGUAACUUAUUCUUCAACCUGAUGAAAGUAUAUAUACAAGUGAAGCAGAAGCACAUUAUUUUGCCUUCAAUGAAGUUAAACUGUUGGGGUGGGAACGAGACAUCUAACUCCUGGGUUGACAUGUCCAAAUCACAGAUAAUCAUUUCUGCAAGCAAAUUGACCUUUUUUUAGAUUGAUUUACUUCGUGUAAGUAUGAAUAUAGUGAAUACAGGUGCCAAACAGAGGACUAUGGAGACUUAGAAAUGAACUGGUACAUUGCAUUUCUGAAAAUAAAAGAUUUAUUUAUUUUAA